ACAUGUUACGUUCACGAUGAGGUCACUAUGACCUUUGACCUCUGAAAUCUAAUCAAUUCAUCUUUCAACCAGUUUUGAGGAAAUUCCUUCGAGGUGUUGUUGAGAUAUCGUGUUGACAAGAAAGAAACAGCCUCUGACCACUGGGGGUCGCUGGUGUAAACAAUACAAACGUGACAAUGUGACCUGUGUUUGUUGCGUGAUGUCAGAGGCAUGGCGGAGCGACGACCUGGGCCAGGUGGCGGUGGAGGAGCAGAGCGUGGACAUGCAGAGCUGUGCCACCAAACUGUCGACCAUCAGGGACGUUUUGCUGCGGAGGCACAUGAAGGUGGCGUUCUUUGGCAGAACUAGUAACGGGAAAAGUACCGUGAUCAACGCCAUGUUGAGAGACCGAGUGUUGCCCAGCGGCAUUGGUCACACCACCAACUGCUUCCUGAGGGUGGAAGGAACCGACGGAGACGAGGCUUACCUCACCACCGAGGCGUCCAAUGAGAGGCGGAGCGUCACUACGGUCAACCAGCUCGCUCACGCGCUCCACAUGGAUCCAACUCUAGAUUCCGGCAGCCUCGUCAGAGUGUUCUGGCCUAAAAGUUGCUGCGCUCUGCUGAGAGACGACCUGGUGCUGAUGGACAG